AAAAGGAAGAGGGCAGGUCUUAAAGGGGACGCAGCCAUUUCUUAAGCCUCUUCUUCCUUUCUCCAAUUUUGCAAGGACGAACCCUGAAGAGUAGGUUCCGGAAGCUAAGCACAGCUGGAGGAGCAGGGGCCGCAGCUGGAGGCAGGAGAGCCGGCGGGGCAGGCGGAGGCCAGCGUCUGCUCAGGGGAAGGGCUGGGUGUGCGCGCCCUCUGUGACCCACGCACAGCUGUGUCGGCCCAUGCUACGGCAGGCAAAGAGCUUUAACAUCUGGGACCUGGCAGGGGCAGCGGGGACCUGCGCGCAGUGGGCGCGGCCGAUGAGCCGGGCUGGAGGGUGAGCCUUCCGCCGGAGCUGGGAGAGAGCUGGCACCUCCAGAUAAGGCCCAGGGCGGCCAGGGGACCUCCGCGAUGCCAGGCGAAAAUAUCUUCCUGUUUGUGCCUAACCUCAUCGGUUAUGCCCGGAUUGUCUUCGCCAUCAUUUCUUUCUACUUCAUGCCCUGCUGCCCUCUCACGGCCUCCUCCUUCUACCUGCUCAGCGGACUUCUGGACGCUUUCGAUGGACACGCUGCUCGAGCCCUUAAUCAAGGAACCCGAUUUGGGGCCAUGCUGGACAUGCUGACAGACCGGUGCUCCACGAUGUGUCUGCUGGUCAACCUGGCCCUGCUGUACCCUCGCGCCACCCUUCUUUUCCAGCUCAGCAUGAGCUUGGAUGUUGCCAGCCACUGGCUGCACCUCCACAGUUGGCUCUGUAGGUCUUUUCCGAAUGGGCCUCUGGAUCACAGCCCCUAUUGCCUUGCUCAAGUCCCUCAUCAGCGUCAUCCACCUGAUCACAGCCGCCCGCAACAUGGCUGCCCUGGACGCAGCAGAUCGUGCCAAGAAGAAGUGAUCCUGGAACCUCCAGCCCCUGGCUACCCACCUGCCCUGGGAGUCUCACUGUGCCACGCGGCACCCCUGUCCCUCCUGGGAGGUCCCAGGCACAUGUCUUCCCAAUGUGUUGUCCAGCCUGCUGGGGAGGGGGACCAGCCUCUUUGGUGAUGUCAUGUUCUCCGUAAUCCUGGGGACCAGUCCCACCCCUGUGAUCUCCAGGGACCUGGACUUCAAAUCAGGAAGGAUGCUCAGGAGGCCCCACCCACACGGGCAGUGCUCCCGGGGCCCGAAGAGAGCUGUGUGAGGAUCGGGCGUAGUCACACCUGCUGGCUCAGCCCUGGGAUCUGGCUUGGCUGAGACCUUAGGGACUUGAGUGAGGGAGGUGGGGCAGGGGCCAGGUUUCCCAAAAGGCAGGGGUUCAGACCUCUGCCCCUGGCUAGAUAGAGGAAGCCUGUGGGUUCCAUGGCCCAGAGAAAAGGUGCUGUCGAGAUCCCCAUUGCAAUCUCUGUCCUGGCUCCGAAAGCCUUGAUUAUAAAGACGGGAGCAUCGCUGUUCUGGACUUGGUUUCCUUUGAGAUAGUCUUGGACCAGGGCCUGGGUCGAGGGGAGCUUGGGGGAAAAUGAGGAUCCAUCUGGAUACUUUUGCCGCAGUAGUUUACUGGCUGGCUCCUUCCUGUCAUUCCUCAGUGACCUCAGAGAGAUCCCCCCCCUGCCACCCAAGCGCGUUCCAUGUCCUCCACCCACCCGCUUUACCGUCACUGGCUGUCUACCUUUACUUGUGUACCUGAUAUUUUCUACCCUCACUAAAAUGUAAACUCCA